AGUUGAGAAAAUAUAUCGUCCUCCUGAGCCUAUUUCUGAUGCUGUAAUAUUUGCAAGUGACCUGCAGUAUUUUUUCCAUUUCCACUGCCCCUUUGUCCGCAAUGUCCCGCCAUCCCUUCCUACCUCUUCUCUCCCCCUCUAUCUUUCUUCAUCAUCCCUAGAUGAAGAUUUCAGUCCUGUCGUGCAUCUCCCUCCUGCUCGUCUUUGAGCUUUUCUCUUCCUCCGUUGGGGUCCUGCGUGGUGUACCUGGCUCCACCCUGGUCAUCCCAUGUCUCCCUGGCCAAAAACAACAAAGCUUUGCUGGGGCUAAGAUCACCUGGAAAUACAAUGACUCCCUGGUUCCAGACUACCCAGAAUCCUCAGAGCAACUCAAGCUCUCCCCGGAUGGCUUCUUUCUGGAAAUCUCUCCUGUCAGUGUAGCCAAUGAGGGGGAAUAUGAAUGUGUGAUCAAGCAGAAUGAUAUGGAGUGGCAAAAAGUGCACAUAGUCCAGGUUGAUGGAAUGAAUCUUUGAGUCCAUGUUGAGGAGAGAAACAGGACGACAACUUGAGCAGAGGGUUUAGAUCACAAUGAUGUCCAGCAGCUACAUUCUCAAGGUAAACGAAGGGUCCACUGUGAAUUUACCUUGUGAACGCCCACCAUCCAGCAAUGACCAGGUCCAUUGGUACAGAUAUGAUAAAGUAAUGAUGAACUGCACACGGAAGCAGUUGAAUCCCGCAGAGACUGGAGAAAUGGAGGAUGGUGACAGACUAGAAUGGCUUUUUGGCCCCUUUGAAAAAGAUGUAACAAUAACACUUUAUGGGGUCAAAAUGGAGGAUGCCAGCAUGUACUACUGUGAGACAGCUGAGGAGGGCAGAGACAGCAGCAACUUGAAUACAAUUGAGCUAAUUGUGGAAGCCGUGCCCACCGUUCUUCCUUACUCCUGCGUUGGGUUCAUGACCCCCUGGGAAUCGUGUCAAGACGAGACCAGCAGGUCGUGGGAGGCCAUGUUAAAAGAAUCCCUCAAUGAGUUCUCCAUGAAGCUUUAUGCUCAUCUCAGCCAAUCGCAGCCCAUGAAAAACCUGCUCUUCUCUCCAAUCAGUAUCAGCGGGGUGUUAACCCACCUGUUACUAGGUGCUCGUGGCAAGACAAGGAGAGACAUGGAGACAGCUCUCUGUCUGUCUCACGACUUCUUCUGCGUUCAUUCCGAGAUGAAGAAACUGAAGCUGAAACUUCGGGACACACUGAAGAUGGCCUCUCAGAUCUAUUACAACCCUAACAUGAAGUUGAGUGAGUCCUUUACCAACCAAUCCAUGCAGUUCUACGGUGCGGAUCCAGUCAAAUUGACCAAUAGUAGUGAGGUAAACAUGGAAAUGAUCAACAGUUGGGUGGCGAAGCAGACAAAUAAUAAAAUAAAAGAGCUGGUCGACUCUGUUCCUGCUCACACCGAACUGGUACUCCUCAAUGCUGUGUAUUUCAAUGGUCAAUGGAAGAUGAAAUUUGAUGAAAACUCCAAGAAGUCUCCAUUUGUGAAACUGAAUGGUGAUACUGUGAAGGUGCCUGUCCUCUACAGUGCCAAAUACAAAUUGGCUAUGCAAUACGUUCCAGCACUGAUGGCACAGGUGGCGAUGUUCCCUCUCUCUGGCGACAGUAGCCUGUUCAUCCUGCUCCCGCCCACUGCCAAGCUCUCUGACCUGCAAUUGGUGGAGGGGAAGAUGACGGACAGGGCAGUGAGCCAGAUGGUGGAGCAGAUGAAUCAGGUGUCUCCCCAGGCCACCGAGGUCACUCUGCCCAAAAUCAAACUGGACGUCCGGACCGAGAUGAACACCCUGCUAAGGAAAAUAGGUUUGUCGGAGCUUUUCGACAGUGCCAACCUGUGUGGCCUCUACCCCGACAACGAAUUGCUCCUGACGGACGCCCGCCACCGGGCCUUCCUCUCCCUGACGGAGCAAGGUGUGGAGGCUGGUGCGGCCACUUCCCUCUCUUUCUCCCGCUCCUUCUCUUCCUUCUCAGCCCUCAGGCCCUUCCUGAUGAUACUGUGGAGCGACCAGGCCAAGGCCCCACUGUUCGUGGGCCGAGUGACCGAGCCGUGAGAGGAGGAGGAAGAGAGAGAUGGAGCGAGAGUAGCAUGCAUAUAGAAAAAGCCAUGUUUGCAAAGGACAAGGACAUUUGCAAUAACAUUAGCAGUAUUAAUUCAUUGAGAGAUUGUGCUUUUUGACGAUACUGUACGUUUAAUCAUCAGUACGUUUCAUCAUAUAAUAUAAAUCGAUAAAGACUCUAUAAUGACAUGUUCAUUGUAACUUCGUAGAAUGACUAUCAAAGUGUUUUAAUAUACAUGCUUGCGAGGGCUCGCUGUAGGUUGUCACAAAAUGCAUGACUUAUCAAAGAAUAAAAGGUGACAUCUCUCCA